AUGGCAGCGAAGAUAUUUGUCUCGCUUCUCUUAGUCCUCUCGGAUGUCGCCAACUCAGCACCCAUCGGUGCCGAGCCCAAUGUCAGCACCAGUGUGACCCCCCCAGCCGGCUUUACCAAGGUGCUCUUCGAGGACGACUUCUCGACCCAGGUAGCAGGCUCUCUCCCGUCCGCCUCCAAGUGGACUAUUGACACCGGGAUUGGCUACCCGGGCGGGCCGUCCCAUUGGGGCACGAACGAGGUGCAGACAUACACGAACUCGCCAACCAACGUCGCCAUCACCGCCAACGGGACGCUGCGGAUCACGCCCAUCGUCGGCCGCGACGGGCGGUGGACGUCGGCCCGCAUCGAGACGACGGCGGCCAACGACUUCGCCUGCGCGGCGGGGGCGCGCCUGCGCAUGGAGGCGAGCGUGCGGUUGGGCAACGCGCCCGCGAGCUCGCAGAUGGGCAUCUGGCCUGCGUUCUGGUCUCUCGGCUCGGCGUACCGUGGCAACUACCAAAACUGGCCGUCGGUGGGCGAGAUCGACAUCCUCGAGUCGCUCAACGGGGCCCCCACGGCGUGGCAAACGGUGCACUGCGGGGUGGCGUCGGGGGGCCCCUGCCGCGAAACUACGGGGAUCGGGUCCACGGCGACGCUGAGCAGGGGGGAGUGGCACACGGUCGCCGUCGAGAUCGACCGCACAAACGCCGGCGGAGACUGGAGCAAAGAAACCAUGACGUGGCUCAUCGACGACCGGAAGGUGUACAGCGUCUCGGGCGCCACCAUCGGGGACCAGGGCGCGUGGGUCAACGUAGCGAGAUCGCCUAAGUUCCUGCUGCUCAAUGUCGCCAUCGGGGGGUCGUUCCCCGACGCCAUCGCCAAGGUCAAGACGCCGACGUCCCAGACGGUGGGCGGGGCCGACUCCGCGAUGGACGUCAAGUAUGUCGCUGUGUUUAGUACAUGAGACUUCCACGCUUAGGCUGGGUGUCUUUGUUUUCUUUGGCGUCUCGAGGCUGUACCGAGUUCAGCUUGUCUGGGAUCGUGUAAUGCGGUCGAACAGUAGAUAUUGAAAGAUGGCAGCCAAGUCAUUGGUCCACUUCAGACGUGGUGCUACAAUGCCUCUAGGGACGCUCAACACGAUCCCUCGCAUCUUACAGAGUCCCGUCGUCGCUUUUGACUGAUCAGCCAUGCUGUUUGCGCCGAGCUAGUUCAAUGUCUCCCGUCUGUUCACAACCCUAACCCUGAAUCGAGCCUAGCUCCGAUCAAGGUGGUUGGGGCCAUGCAGGGGAUGCAGGGGGUUGCAC